AUGAAAAGGUUGGUGGCAGUGGUACAGGAGGAAAGGCAGAGGAAACACAACCAGGGCCCACCGAGACAAGGACCACCUCGGUUGGGCAGGAACCAGUGUGCAAUCUGCAAAAGAAUUGGUCACUGGAAAGACCAAUGCCCAGAACGAAGAAGGAGUGACCAACAGAUGGCUGCACACGUACAAAACAACUGAGGAGGACCGGAGGAUCCUGCCCCAGCGGAUCCACUGGUUAUAACAAUGAGGCUGGGGGAAGAAGGGAAAAGGGUGGAAUUUUUGGUUGACACAGGAGCUACAUAUUCAGUCCUAAAUAAAGCUUUAGUGCCUGUGGAAAAUGAUUAUGUUGUAGUGCAGGGGGCAACUGGCCAGUCUGAAAGGGCAUAUUUUUGUAAACCUUUGAAGUACAAAUUGGGAAAACAAUGGGUUAUUCAUAAGUUCUUAUACAUGCCUAAUUCACCAAGGGCACUCUUGGGGAGAGAUUUAUUGGAACAAUUACAAGCCACCAUUAUAUUCAAAAAUGGGGAAAUUACUCUGGAGGUGAAUGAUCAAAAGUACAUAGAGGCACUAAGUUUAACUCUGACUGCUACUGGCAUUAAGGAAGAAAUUGAUGAGGAAAUAUUAAGUCAGGUAUUUCCUGGGGUGUGGGCCUCUGAUGUGCCAGGAAGGGCAAAAAAUGCCUCUCCCAUAGUAAUCAAACUCAAGGAGGGAGCGCAGCCAGUGAGAAUCAAGCAGUACCCCCUAAGGAAAGAGGAUAGGGAGGGAAUCAGCUCAAUAAUCGAAAAUUUUCUGCAACUAGGAUUGCUGAAGGAAUGCCAAUCUGAUUUCAAUACUCCCAUCCUGCCUGUUCGGAAAUCUGAUGGGACAUACCGGAUAGUACAGGAUUUAAGGGCUAUCAAUAAAAUCACAGAAGAUCUGUAUCCGGUUGUAGCCAAUCCAUACACUUUAUUAACUUGCCUAACACCUGAGCUAACCUGGUUCACUGUUCUAGAUUUAAAGGAUGCCUUCUUUUGCCUCCCCAUCCAUGAAGCCAGCCAAAAAUUCUUUGCAUUCGAAUGGGAAAGCCCUAAAAGUGGGCGCAAAACCCAGCUCACAUGGACCAGACUACCACAAGGUUGGAAAAAUUCCCCCACCCUGUUCGGGGAACAACUUGCAAAGGAUCUGGAAUCCUGGGAAGCCCCACAGGAAGAAGGAAGGCUUUUGCAGUAUGUCGAUGACCUUCUACUGGCCACUCAGACAAGGGAAGCAUGUGUGGCCUGGACAGUAAGCCUUUUGAAUUUCCUAGGACUCCAAGGAUACAGAGUAUCCAAGAAAAAGGCACAGAUAGUGAAACAGCAAGUAGUCUACCUGGGGUACGAGGUGAGUGCUGGGCAACGGACUUUAGGGCAGGCUCGCAAGGAAGCCAUAUGCCAAACCCCAAAACCCCAGACAAUAAAGGAACUCCGAACGUUCCUAGGCAUGGCAGGGUGGUGCCGGCUGUGGGUUUAUAAUUAUGGACUGCUCGUCAGACCCCUCUAUGCUCUUAUUGCCAAUGGAAACAGAGAUCUCCAGUGGACGAAAGAAGCAACACGGGCCUUUCACCAGCUAAAGGAUGCUCUCAUGUCAGCUCCAGCUUUGGGACUUCCAGAUGUGAGUAAACCAUUCUUCCUAUUUUCCCAUGAGAAACAGGGAAUUGCCCUGGGAAUACUGGCUCAAGACUUGGGUCCAUACCGAAGGGCAGCUGCUUACCUCUCUAAGCAACUAGAUGCAACAGCCAAAGGAUGGCCAGGUUGCCUCAGAGCUGUAGCAGCAGUUGUGCUGAACAUCCAAGAGGCACGCAAGUUUACCCUGGGACAAAAAUUGACUGUGCUAGUGUCCCACACAGUUGGAAAUCAAGGAGAGGCAGUACACCACGAUUGCCUGGAGACCAUUGAAGCUACCUACUCCAGCCGCCCAGACUUAAAGGAUACCCCCCUGGAUGACGCAGAGACCUGGUUCACUGAUGGGAGCAGCUACGUUGCCGAUGGGAAGCGAUAUGCUGGAUAUGCAGUGACCACCUAUAGAGAGGUAAUCGAGUCUGGACCCUUACCAACAGGCACCUCUGCGCAGAAGGCCGAGAUAAUUGCCCUGACCCGUGCCUUGGAAAGGGCAAAAGGGAGGAGAAUAAACAUCUACACAGACUCGAGGUAUGCAUUCGGAGUUGUACAUGCACAUGGGGCCAUCUGGAAGGAGAGGGGGCUGCUGACCUCACAGGGAAAGAACAUCAAACAUGCACAAGAAAUAAUCCAGCUGCUGGAAGCAGUUCAGCUGCCUGAAAAGGUAGCAAUUAUGCACAUUAAGGCACACCAAAAAGUGAGCUCAGAAUUGGAAGAAGGAAAUGAGCUGGCGGAUAGAGAGGCAAAAGAAGCAGCAAAAGGGGAGGUAGCUACUGAAGGAGUCCUUAUCCCAGAUGGACAAAUCUCCCUUGAAGGCUUCACCAGCUCGCUCAGCUCAGAGGAGCUGUCAGAGGAGAAAACGCUGCCUGAGACCAAAGGAUACCCCAACCCCACGGUUUUGCACCAGAUCCCGGACACAUUCCUUCCUGUGCUCCUUGGUGGCCCUGGGGAGGCUCCAGAGCCCUCCGUGUGUGGGGGACAGCUGCUGCAGCACCGCUGCGCCUGCAUGCGAGCAGCGCCCGAGGAGCAGCUGCACCAGUUCAGAGUGAAACUGAUGAACCAAGGAGCUCUUGAUGCUCCCUUCACCUGUCUCCCUUCAGCCACCAACGUGGGCUUGUGCUUCAAGUUUUACCCCAAGGAGGGCAUCAUUGCCGCAGGUGGGAGCCAGAGUGUGCAGAUCUUCUUCAGUGCCACCGAGCUGGGGAGCUUUGAGGAGGAGUUCCAGUUCAGUGUGGCUGGAUCUCCUGUGCCUGCCAUGCUGACCAUCAAGGGCAGCGUCAGUGCACCGAGUUUACAGUUCGACCUCACUGAGCUCGACUUCGGGGACAUCUCCUUUGGCUUUCCCUACACGCAGCGCUGCCGCCUCACCAACAGCUCCACGGUGCCCCUGACGUUCCAGCUCCGCAUGUCGGACGAUGGCACGCAACCGGCUGUGGACAGCGUGGAUCAGAUCCGCAGGGACACCGACCCGGCCUGGAGGAAGGGAAUCCAUUUCUAUGUGGAGCCCAGGGAGUUCACCAUCAAUCCCAGCCAAGGCACCAUCCUCCCCCAGGGACACCAGGACAUCGAGCCACGCCGAAAGAGGACAACAGGACUGGCCAACUUGGACCUCCAGGACAGCUGGCUACCAGGACCAGAGGGAUCAGCUCAGGACCAGCGACGCGGAGGAGCAGCAGAGCACCGGACUGACAAGAAGCUGAGGACUGGGACCAUGGAGGACAAAUCCCCACAGCAGAACCUUGUGAAAGAGGCUGUUAUGAGUGACUCCAGGGCACUGGAAUCCAACAGGGAGGAAACUCCCCAGAGAUCCCACAGGAGGAGGGGCUCCAAACCCAGCCCAGGGUGCUCUGAGGAGGAAAGACCCUCCCUGAGCCAGGAAGGUGGACAGAGCUCAAGCCAGGGCUCAGAGAUGGUGGUCCAUGAGCAGCUUCAUGGUGGCAAGAAUCCCCACAAGUGCUUGCAGUGUGGGAAGAGCUUCAGGCAGAGCAGCACCCUGAUCAGCCAUCAGAUGAUCCACACUGGUGAAUGGGCCUAUGAGUGUGGGGAGUGUGGGAAGGGCUUCAGCUACCGGUCAGAACUCAUCAGGCACCAAGGCAUCCACACUGGGGAGAGGCCCUACGAGUGUCCCCAGUGUGGGAAGAGCUUCACCAGCAGCUCUAACAUGACAAAACACCAACGGAGGAGCUACUAA